GGAUCCAACCAUUGGCUAGCGAGACUUCCUGGGAUUUUGGCGGUGGAGUAAACAUGGCGGAAUAUUUAAAAGCAGGGUGCCAAGUUGUAUGUAAAGUGACAACGAGCCAGUUGCAGACACUCUGUCGUCAUGAAGGGAUUGUGUGCUUGGAUCUGGGGGUCAACAGGAGACAAAUGCACGACUUCGAAGUGGAGUACCUAUGUGACUACAAGAGGACACUUGUUCCUGGUAGGAAGACAACCAAUGCCACAGGAGUACCAAAGGAGCAAGAGUUCUACCUGGUUAAAUGGAAGGGUUACCCAGAUCACAUGAACACCUGGGAACCGAGGAAAAACCUGCGGUGUGUGGAGCUCCUACGUCAGUUCUGGGACGAUGUCUUCCUGGAACUGCAGAGACAGAAAAAGACUGUAGUCCCCAACCGGUUUGAAACAGAGCUGUCCUCUUACCUGGAGCAGAGGGCCAGGCAUAGGCAGAGCCUGCAGAGGUGGGAGGCCCAGAUCAACAGUGUCGGAGGCCUCAACAAACGCAUCCUGGUCCGCAACCGUGUGGACCUGGAGGGCCCUCCGAAGAACUUUACCUACAUCAACAACUACAAGGUGGGUGAGGGCAUUUCGAUGACGACGAUGGCAGUGGGGUGCGAGUGCACCAACUGUUUGGAGAACCCUGUGGGUGGUUGCUGCUCAGGAAUAUCGGGACAUGGCUUUGCCUACAACGAGUGUGGGCAGGUGAAGGUUAAGCCUGGGGAGCCCAUCUAUGAAUGCAACAAUAAGUGUCGCUGUGGACCAGACUGCCCCAACAGAGUGGUACAGAGAGGGAUCCAGCAUACCCUCUGCAUCUUCAAAACAGACAACGGGCGGGGGUGGGGAGUACGCACCUCUGAGCGUAUCAGAAGGCAUUCCUUCGUCAUGGAGUAUGUCGGAGAGAUCAUCACUACAGAGGAGGCAGAGAGGCGGGGUCAGGUCUAUGACAGACAGGGUGCAACGUACCUGUUUGACCUGGACUAUGUGGAGGAUGAGUACACCGUUGAUGCUGCUCACUAUGGAAAUGUCUCCCACUUCGUCAACCACAGUUGCAACCCUAACCUGCAGGUGUAUAACGUAUUCAUUGACAACCUGGAUGAGCGACUGCCACGCCUGGCUUUCUUCUCAAACCGUGGUAUCAGCGCUGGGGAGGAGCUCACCUUCGACUACAAUAUGCAGAUUGAUCCAAUAGAUGAGGAGAGUACAAAGAUGGACUCCAAUUUCAGCAUGACUGGAUCACCCAAAAAGGUUCACAUGAUUGGAUCACCCAAAAAGGCUCCUCUCAUGAUUGGAUCACCCAAAAAGGCUCCUCUCAUGAUUGGAUCACCCAAAAAGGCUCCUCUCGUGAUUGGAUCACCCAAAAAGGCUCCUCUCGUGAUUGGAUCACCCAAAAAGGCUCCUCUCAUGAUUGGAUCACCCAAAAAGGCUCCUCUCAUGAUUGGAUCACCCAAAAAGGCUCCUCUCGUGAUUGGAUCACCCAAAAAGGCUCCUCUCAUGAUUGGAUCACCCAAAAAGGCUCCUCUCGUGAUUGGAUCACCCAAAAAGGCUCCUCUCAUGAUUGGAUCACCCAAAAAGGCUCCUCUCAUGAUUGGAUCACCCAAAAAGCGAGCGCGCAUGGAGUGCAAGUGUGGGACAGACAAUUGCAGGGGGUACUUGUUUUAGGGGUUCGGCAAGGACAAAUUAUACAUUUUGCUUUGUUCCAGAAUUGCCAUCAUGACAAUUCAACUUUAUUUCUGGCAUUUUAAAUGUAUGCUAUGGUGUCUGUGAAUAUUUUGCCCUAUUUCAUCAUAAACUAGUGUUUGGGGCAUCAUGUUGUUGUAUUUUACCCCCUUUUUUGAUCUUGUCUCAUCGCUGCAACUCCCCAACGGUCUCGGGAGGCGAAGG